AUGAUUGGAAAGAACCGGUUAUCAUCGUCUGGAAAAGGUGUGAUCUUCGAUGGAAAAAAUAAGAUUGACGUAAAUGUUGUGGAACAAGAAAGAACAAGGAAAGAAAUAUCCGCAGACAGUUCGUUGAAAAGCUUUCCCAAUUUUUCUAUAUCAUCAGAUUUUUCGAUAGAAAAAGGAAAAUUAAGGAUGUCGUCGAUUGCAAUCGCGGAGAAAGAUGACCCAAGGAAAUUCCGAAUUUAUCGCCCAUUAAAUUGUGAACAGUCAGGAUCGGUGAUAUAUUAUCGGUGUUCAAAGUGCGAAUCACUGGAAAAGAAAGGUGGUGUCAGAUCGAAGCGUUACAAACCAUGUGUAAAAACAUUGCACGGGAAGCUAGUUGGAAACGCACAUCCAGAGCAUCAUCCCGGCUGUCAUGCAGUAACUAAAGAAAUUCGAGAACUGCAAGAAAUGGACCGCGCUUGUCGAUCGAAGAUUAAAGCCAGUCAUCUGUCACUCAGAGCUUCGCAGAAACUCGAGGAAUAUGUAGAAGAGAGCUCAAACAUCAAUGUACAGUCCAACUGCAAUUUGCGUAAGAGACCGAAGCGAUUAAGUAUUAAAUUCGAUGCUCGUAGUCAUGACAUAAAUGAAAGUGAGCUGUCAGAGGUUGACCAUUUAUUGAGGUUUAUAUGCAAAGCUUGUAUCAGUGAUACUGCAGAAACAACAAAUCACCCAAGAAUUUAUUCUGCUGGUACUUCAUUGUCCAACAGUACUGGUUAUUCUUCGCUGAUUGUACCAGAACCCGGUGGAAUGUUCGUACGAAUUUAUGUUGGGGAUAGCAAACUAGCUAAUCAGGAGGUGUCUUGCUAUCACUGUCCCCGAUGUGAUGAUUUGUAUCAAAAAACAGAUAACGAGUCCGUGCGAACUGUACUGAAAGCAGAAAAUGAUUUAAUAGUUGAUUAUCCUACGCAUCAUGCAGAAUGUUCGCCAACAUCAUUGGAAUCACUAAGAGAGCUGGGCGGCGAUUUAAAGAAUUUCUGUAUCGUAGCAAAUCAUAAGAUUAUUUCUCUGAAAGCACUACUUGAAUCUGAAUACAAUAUUUUUCAUGAGCUUGAUGAAAGCUUCAUUACUGGUGAAUCGAUUGAACAGAACUGGGAUACAGCAGCUAUGGAUGAGGGAAUUCUCAUCAAUUCUACAGCAAUUUCGAGACCUCAGGAACAACGAUGUUUUUGCAGACGUCUUUAUGAAGAAAAUAUGGAGUUAUAUCAGGAAAUGUUGCGGAGUGUAGACGAAAUGAGAUCACUAAUCAGCGAAAUGAAACGUAUUUCUGGUGCAAAUGCUGAAUAUUAUAUCGAAGAUGACCAAAUUUUGGGGGGAGGUGAUGAUAGUACACUCUACAUUGUAGAUGACGGAGCUGCUCAUGCAUUAAGGUUUGGCGCCAAAUCGAUUGCUCAUGUGGUUACCGUUAUCAUGCCAGUUUUCAGAGGAGAACAAUGUCAUCGUUUACAUUGUCCGUUUUUUUAUAAGAAUAUUAAUUCUUCAUUGGCUGAACAGCCUUCCGAACAAUUUGAUGAUAACGAGGAAAUGCCCUCAAAUAUUUUUCUGUCGGAACAAGGUACAUCGAAACAAGAUGACGAAGUGAGCAUCAACUGCAAUAAUACAUCGAGUAGUCCAUCUGUGAUGCCUUUGAGCCGUAAACGAAAUCGACGUAUUUGGACUCUUGUCAGUGGAGAUGGUCACGAUUUUAGAUGCAAUGCAUGCAAGAGAAUUAUCAAAUGCUGUUCACCUACAAAUAUAACUCGACACUAUGCAAACAAUCAUCCUGAAAUACUGAAAACAGAGGAAGUAUCAGUAGAUAUGCCGAAGGAAUCGACUGAACCUGUUUUAGAGGGAAAUUCCAAAGAUAGAAUGUUGACUGCAAAUGAAAUGCCGCUAUCUGGUGGCAUCAGAACGAAUACUACCAAAAUAGAUUGGUCUUCGCCAUCUAUACGGAAGAUUUUGGAAAAGAUUGCAUCUAGGGAGUUAACGGAGAAAAUGGGAACAGAUAUGAUCGCGUAUAAAACUGGAUGUCAACUGUCACAGUCAACAGUUCGGAAACGAGUCCACUGUUUGCUCGAAGAGAGAUAUGGUGCAUAUUCAUUAUCACAAAAAAAUAGCGCAGCAGUGGCGCAAUCUUUGCAAGUGAACGAUGAAAAAAAUGAAACAGUUACAUAUGUAGGUAUGGACAGUGCAAGUGGUGAGACGAAAAAGUUCGUUAAAUUAGAAGAUAAGAAAAAUCAAGAACAAUUAUCCGAUGGAACCAUGAAUACAUCUCCUGUACCGCCAAUACCACGACAAGUUCGUUCUCUACGACUGAGUCGCUCGUCGAUAGUAAUUCCGGAAAAGGAUGAUCCAUCAAAAGUAAGAAUAUAUCGGUGUAGUGCUUACGGGCGAGGUAAGCAGGGUGCAACAUGCUACUAUCGAUGCUCCAAAUGUGACUCCCUUGCGAACAACAAAUUGAAAAAUUCCGGUACAUCAACAAAUGAGCGUACGAAACGUUAUUUUGCUCAUAUUAAGACGAAGGAUGGGCGAAUAAUCGGAAAUGCUUAUCCAGAACAUUUGCCGGAAUGCAAACCAGUACCAAAGGAAGUUCAACAGCUUCAGGAAAUUGAUCGCGCCUGUCGAGCGAGGAUUCAGGCUGGUAAUUUAACACCUGAAGCAGCAAGGAAGCUAGGGGCUUUGGUAGCACAGAAGAACCGUGAGCUGAAAAGGCAUAUCCAGGAUGAUGAUACUUUUCCGGAUAAAUGGAAAUCACUUCCUAAAAAAUACAGUCGAUUGUGUCAUCAAGCCGAAAGAAUGAGAAAGCAAAAGAAUCGGCAGCUUUUAAGAAUGAUGAACAAUGAACAAGGUGAUGGUGAAACCGAAGAAGAUCAUAGCGGUAUUGCACAUGAAGCAGAAAUUAUGAGUGGACGUUUCAAGCAUCCACCGUUGAUCAUUUUUGAACCAGAUGGUCAGGCGGCACGAAUUUAUCGUAUAAAUGGAAAGUCAGAUAAGCUCGGUAUCAUCUAUUACCGAUGUUCAAAAUGUGAUGUUCUUUGUCGAAGACACAGAAGGAUGGGAAAUGUAGAAGGGAUGACUCGAGCAACGGUAAAGGUGGAAGAGGAUGAAAUUCUCGAGAAUAUGUAUCCUGCACAUCACGAAGAAUGCGAAGUUUUUACGCUUGAUAUGGUUAAAAAUUUGGCGGAAAAUCUUGAUCGCUUCUAUUUUGCUAAAGAUUAUGAAUCCAUCAUCCAUGAUUCUGCUAAAACGGAUCUCAGGUUUGCUGAUGGUACAUUAAUCUCAAAAAAUCAAAUACCUAUUGUUAGUCAUUCCGCAGUUGAACAUGUCGUUGAAGAUGACGUCGUAGUGGACAUUAGUAAUGUUGCUAAUACUGAAGAAGUUGAUGAUGGUACAUGGGAAACAAUUCUGAAUCAAGAUGUACUAAACGUUAGAGCGGAAGAUCAUGAGGAGCAUAUAAAUGCCACAUGCCAACGCUAUUAUGAAGCAAACAUCGCAUUGCGCCGCGACAUGAUGCGUUGUCUGGAAGAGAUGAGAACACUGCGAACAGAAAUGAGAAAUAUGUUAGAAGAAGGAAAAUUGCAGUAUGUGGAAGUAGAUGAUGAUCAUUACGAAGAAAUUAUUGUUGAUGAAAAUGACUGA